ACUUCUCUUCAGACCCUCUCACCUUAAACUCCCAUUCCUCAUUUUCCUUGCUGGAGAAGAAGAUUUUGGGAUCACCACCACAUAAAGCAUAGCUUCUUCUCCUCCUCCUCUACCUCCUACUUUCCCCUCCCUCCCUCCCUAUACUCACUAGUCCUGAGUUCGAAUGGCUCAAGUAACAUCAUUAUUAUUAGUGCCAUUAGUAACACUUAUCUUAUCAGUAUCAGGAGUAAUUUCGACCACCUUCACAAUUAUAAACAGUUGCGGCCACACCGUAUGGCCAGGCAUUCUCUCCAACGCCGGUGUACCUCCGCUCUCCCCGACAGGCUUCGCUCUCCAAAAGGGCGAGUCCAAGAUCAUAACAGCGCCGACUUCCUGGGGAGGCCGCCUCUGGGGCCGCACUCUCUGCUCCUUAGACUCCACUGGCAAUUUCUCCUGCGUCACAGGUGAUUGCGGCUCCGGGAAAAUGGAAUGCUCCGGCUUUGGCAAGCCACCCGCCACCUUGGCCGAGUUCACGCUAGACGGCGGCAACGGUCUCGAUUUCUUCGAUGUCAGCUUGGUCGAUGGGUACAACCUCCCUCUGCUGGUCGUGCCCCAGGGUGGCACCGGUCAGAACUGUACGACCAUCGGCUGCGUGACCGACCUGAACGACUCGUGCCCCUCGGAGCUGAAGGUCACGAGCUCCGGCUCCGACGGCACUAGCGUGGCUUGUAAGAGCGCGUGCGAGGCCUUCGGCCAGCCUCAGUACUGUUGCAGCGGCGCUUAUGCCACUCCUGAUGUCUGCAAGCCGUCAACUUACUCUCAGAUAUUCAAGAGAGCGUGCCCGCAAGCUUACAGCUACGCGUACGACGAUAAGACAAGCACUUUCACAUGCGCCUCCGCUGAUUAUACGAUUACCUUCUGCCCCACCCCUAACACCAGCAAAAAGGCUUCGCAGGGGCAAACCACGGCGUCGAACCCAAGGACGGCAACCACAGAGACACCGUCCGUCAACAGUGCGAUGAUCUACGAGGGCGCAUUGGGCGAAAGCAAUGCAUCACCGCACACGCGUGGCCAGGUUUCACGGUCCCACGCCAUCGCGGCUGCGCUCAGCAUCGCAUUGGCAAUAUGGCGGUCGUGGCACUGUCGUGUUCUCUUCUAACUUCCUUCGCUUAGUUUUCUCAAGGCAAGGACCAUGCAUGUGACCCGGAAGGGACCCGCAGGUUUGGCCGGAAUGACGAGGAUACGAGUCAGAAUGAAGCAGCUCUCUCACCUGUCACAAUAUAUUGAAAGGGUUGCUCACUACCCAGAAGUUAGAGACAUGAUGCAUUGAAUGUCAACGAGAGCGAAAGGAAACUAAAAAUAUAGGCAGGGGAUGCGAUUUGUUUUUGUUUUUGUUUUUUUUUAAAUCUUUUGUGGUGGUGUGCAGAAGUGCACGUAAUAGACCUGUUAGGCCAAGAAAAUUCUUUCCAAACAUUAUUAUUAUUGAGUUCCAUCUCUUUAUAAUGUCGGAUGAGAGAUUCAUUUGUUUAG